UAGCCUAGAAUGGAAGAGGGGGUAUUUCGCAUCCUAGACGGAAGCUCUAUUCGCGAGGCGCUGCUAGGGUCGCAGCUCCCGGAUCGCGUGCGCCGCCGAUUCCAGCGGCUUGUCAAGGCGGCGGAUGGAUCGCCGUCGUCUUCGUCUGUGGAUGCGCGGAUUGCUGCCGAGGAGGAAGCGGCGGCACUGCUUCUUGGAUCGGAGCUGUGCGGGCGGCAGCUUGUGGUGACUGCCGCGGCGUCGCGGCUGCCCGAUCCAAAUACGCUGCUAGAUGCCGCGGCUUUUGAGGCGAGUCUUCGCAGCUAUCUCGAGGCCGUGGCGGAUGCUCUCCAAGAAAAGCCGAUCGUUGUGUCGGUUCUGGACGGAUCGGCAUUCAAGGGACUCUUGGAAGACGAGGACGAAUUUGCGAUGGUUGCAGAGAACGUUUUUGACGAACUGGAUGCUGAUAACAGCGGCAAGCUCAACCGUAGCGAGCUUCGAUCUGCCGUGCUCCAGCUGGUCGCGGCAGUGGGAUGUCCCAAUCCAUCUGCCAAGCCGGAUGUUGAAGAUCUCCUCACCAAGCUGCUAAGCAAAUACGCCAGCCAAGAUAGCAAAGAGCUCGGGCAAACCCAGUUCGCCAAGCUGCUCCAAGACGUUCUCCAGGAUCUCUCCGAGACUCUGGCCUCGCAGCCCAUUGUGGUUGUCCGGGACGUGAAAGUUUUGGAUGGAUCCAAUCUCCGCAAGGUGUUGCACGACGAGGAGCUCUUCUCGGACAUGGCCAAGGACACGUUCAAGGAGCUUGACUCGGACAAAGAUGGCAAGCUGAGCAAGUCGGAGAUCCGCCCGGUUUUCGAGAGCCGCGCCGCCCAGUGGGGCCUCCCGCCGCUGGACGAAGACUCGGCGGACGAGCUCUACGCGCAAAUUUUCAAGGAGAUCGAUGCCGAUAGCAGCGGCGAUGUGGACGAGCGCGAAUUCCAGUCGCUGAUGAGAGCGCUGAUUGAGAGCUUCGCGGCGCAGCUCAAGAUGAAUCCCAUUCUUGUAGACGUCGAGACCGCGGUUCAGUGAAAAAAAACUCCAUUACAGGA